GCGGGCGCGGGAGCCCGCCGCCGCCGCGGGGAGAAGGGGUCUCCGCGCCUGUUGCGGCGCUUGCCCGGAGCAGGCGGGGUGGCGGGCGGAGGGUGCUGGCGUGACCGAGGCGGGGGCCGGCGGAGCCCCGGCUGGCGGGCCGCGGUGCCGCCUGCGCUCGCCGCGCGGCCGUCCCCAGGCCGCGGGCGCUGGAUGUUGAACUUCCCGCAGCAGCUGGAGGGAAGGAACGAGCCGCCUGUCAAAAGACUGCUGCGAACUGACUCCAUACCUGAGGUUGGAGAGGAUGCUGCUGCUACAGUUAGUAUGUCGGAAACACUGUCAGAAGAAGAGCAGGACGAACUAAGAAAAGAACUUGCUAAGGUAGAAGAGGAAAUCCAGACACUCUCACAAGUGUUAGCUGCCAAAGAGAAGCAUCUAGCAGAAAUCAAGAGGAAGCUGGGAAUUAACUCACUGCAGGAACUAAAGCAGAACAUUACCAAAAGCUGGCAAGAUGUCACAUCAACCACAGCAUACAAGAAAACCUCAGAAACCCUGUCUCAGGCUGGUCAGAAGGCCUCUGCUGCUUUUUCAUCUGUUGGCUCAGUCAUAACCAAGAAGUUUGAAGAUGUGAAAAAUUCUUCAACUUUCAAAUCUUUUGAAGAAAAAGUUGAAAACUUAAAGUCUAAAGUUGGAGGAAGUAAACCUGCUGGGGGAGACUUUGGAGAAGUUUUGAAUUCUGCUGCCAACGCUAGUGCCACAGAAACCAUUGCAGAACAGACACAGGAGGAGACCCACUGAGAUUCCUGCCUCUGUCCUGCUACCCACUGCCAGAUGCUGCAAGCAAAAACUAAGCACACUUGUAACGUUCUUUGCGCUCUUUCCAUCAGAUGUGCUUUUAUGUAGCACAUAGCUAUUUUACCAGAUUAAUUGAUAUCAAGCUUGUUUGUGGGUUCAAAAUAUUUUUGAAACUAAAAUACAUUGUUUGGGUUUUCGUGUGGGAAGGGGAAUUUUUAUGCCUUUCAAGCAGUUAAAGGACUUAUCCCUAAUUUAAAGGCAACCUUUAAAAUAUAGCAUUGAAAAUACUCUUUGGAGAAGUUAAUUAUACUGUACAUAUAUUGUGGAUACAUAACUUCUUUUCAGUCUGUAACUACUGUUUAACUUAAUCAUUAUAAAUCUGCUUCUGCCAAACUGAAGCUUGUUACUUCACUCCCUUGUGAUUAUUUCAGUUAAGUAUUGCUUACAUGGGAUAUAAACUAGGAAGAUCACUCCCAGCUAAAGAAUGGACUGCUGCUUCAACAUGGUUUACUUAAGUUAUUCACAGUAGGAUUACAGAUAUGUAGGAAUACACUGUAUUAAGAGCUUGUUCCUAAUACAACAGAUGUGGAUAGAGUAAUACACAACACCUGAAACUGCUGAUUUCUCUGUGGAUCAUCCAGCUAGGGAAAUUUUUGACCAUGGCAAGUGGAAGCAAGAUGCCUGAUAGUGUUGGUUUACUUUUGUCUACAAUAAGCCUUCCAACCUCAUGUUUUGUACAUGAUUUUAAUGUGUACUGAUAUACUUGUCUGAAACUUUUGAUCUGUUGUGAAUAGAUUCAUCUUAAACCACACAUGAUGGUGUACAUUUACACUAACAAAGCAUGGAAUGUAGGUGUAAGCCUGACCAUGAAAGUUUUUUAGUUUUCUGGACAUCAAGACAAUUGCUCUCAAAUGCUUAAGUUUCACUGUAGGCCUUUAAAAAAAAAAUUAUGUUAAGGCCUGCUCCACUUGUGCCCCUACUCCCAUUUAAGGCCACAGAAAUCCCUUUUGAGAGGUGCACCAUGUCAUAUUGCAGCAUAGACAUCUUACAAGAUCUGUUCUCCUACCUGUUGCUUUAUCCACUGUAAGUUCUCUUCAGAAUUCUUGUAUUUUGUAUGUUUCUGGCAUAUGAUGUUUGUAAGAUUACAACUUUUCGCAAAUGUUCUAUCACCACGUUUAGAACUGGAAACAGAUCUUGAAACAUUUGUGUGAAAUCCAUGGAACUCCAACUGCCACAAAUGUCUGGAAAAUUAGGAGGAAAAAGUACUGACUCCUGACAACUUUGUUAGCAUGUCAGAUGUAGUGUAUAUGCUCAAUUACACAUGAGAAGCUUAAUAAAAGCCUGUAUGUGAGGAA